GAAAAAGAAACGACCAAUACUUGACAAUCAAAAUGAUAAAGAAAAUAAUGGAACUUCCACAUCAUCAUCCGAAGUGGGACUCAUUGAGAAUAUAAUGCAAAAUCAGGCAUACUCUAGAACAUUGAAUGAAGCUACCAAAAAACAAAAGACUAAUGAAAAUACUAAAGGAAUUAAUUCUACUAAAGAGAUUGAUUCUAGUGAAGAAUCAGAUGAUAUUGAAGUUAAAAUUGAGGGAAUCAUUUGUAAAGAAAUAUCAAUCAACAAGAAUUUCAAGGUUAUUAUUGAAAAUUUUGAAAACUACAAGAAGGACAAUAAGGAUCCUUUGGUGAUUGCUAAUAUAAUGGAUCUGAUACCAAAAGGCUCAUUUAUAAGAACGUUGCCUAAAGAUGUGUACAAAGAAUACCUUUUAUCAUUAGAAUAUUUGGAUAAUAUUAUUCCCAAUGAAACACAUGAUUUUCUAGUAGAAUUUUUUGGGCAGGACUUGACAUAUCGACAAUGGCUAAAUGUUUUAGAUGACUUGAAUAUCAAAAGUUUUGACAAAGUAACUCAAAUGGCAAUAAGAAUUAUAAAAAAAACUUUUGAUACUUUUUUACAGGCUUUUUCUCUUGGACAUUCCAACCCACUUCAAAAUAUACAGACUCUAGAGCAGUGUCAUUUAAAUGAUUUUGUACAUCCAUGCCUGAAAGCUGCUUUGAUUGGUGAAGUAACUUCAAUUCAUAAUAUCUAUAGACAAAAAGGCAAUGGAAUUGGUUUCACAAAUGAUGUCAACAAGUAUCAACUAGUAUAUAUUGAAGGGAGUCGUCCACAUAAUGUCAGAGAAAAGAAAGAAAUAGAUGACUGUGUGAAGGUGAUAACACCAGAAUUUGAAGUCUUUAGUUAUAAACUUGAGAUACAUCUAUAUGUGCUUCGAUUUGCUGGAUGUUAUCACCUUGUUGAAAUUGAUAAUGCAACUGUUCCAUGGGAUUUUUCUGAAAUCGAAGAUUUUGUCUACUUUUAUGAGGCAAUAAUUAAAUGUGCA